AUGCGACUCUAUGUGCAUUACGAGUCAUCUGAUGAAUCACAAACGUGGACUAAACGCCUUAAUGUAGAUAAGACAAAGCAUUAUACGGUAAGGUCGGUAUUAUGUAGCUUUGUUCGUGCGUAUAACUUAAAAUUUUGCUCUAAAACUCCGCUUGAGCUCGAAAAUGUGGACGUAUACGUGGAAUUUGAUCACAAUGCGACGUGUCGUCGUCGUUUAGACACAUUUGACAUCUUGAUGAAUUUCAUUGAUGACCUUGAAACCCACCAAGCGAAUAGAUUGUUGCUUCCUAGCGACGAAACGUGGAGCUUUGAGCUUGUUGUGGUUCCUAAAAAUUAUCAGAAAAUUGUGAUUGAUGCUGAGUCUCCGGUAUCUCUUGAAAGUCAGAAGACUUGCUCAAUCCAGCAAUCAAAAAGUGCUUCAAGUGACUUAAAGCUUAGUGAUGACUUAAAGCGGGCAGCUAGGUAUAUGAUACAGCAGAAGUAUCGAGCUGCGAGAGAAAUUUAUACUGAGGUCUUAAUGAAAGAAGCUCAAAAUCCGGAGGCGUUAGUGGCACUUGGAGAGAUUUUAAUGUUGAAUGGUCGACAUGAAAAAGCGAUACGUCAGUAUUUUAUAAAGUGUUGGAAGGAGCAUGGACUUGAAUAUAUGGAUAAGGGACGUGCUCGAGUGGUGUUUACAAGUGCAUUAAGACUUGUAGAAUGCUACAUUGCUAUGAAGAAGUUUGACGAAGCAGUGAUGAUAAGCAAUGAGAUGGAAACGUUUUUACGAGAUAAUGGACUCAAGAAAUUAGAAUUUGGCAAGCAGUUGAAGGUGCUGAAAGCACAAGCUUUGUACCAUUCAAAGAUCUUUGAGAACCAGGAACAGGCGAUUUUCUUACUAGAGCACUUGUUGCCAGAUCUGACGGCAUCUACCUUGAAUCUGGAUGCUCUGUUAGUGUAUGCACAAAUUGCACACGAUCGUGGGAAAAAAAGUGAAGCACUGAGUAUGGUAUUACGAGUAUUGGUGAAGAAACCGAAUGAUCGCGCUGUGAAGAUGACGCUUGUGUCAUUUCUCGUACAAACAGAUUCAAUAGACUGUUUGAAGGAAGCUGUUCCACUCGGUAGUCCGUCAGCUGGAGCGGCAUAUGCGUUUAUUGCGACAGUACUUAAAGACUAUAGUGCUGUAGAUCAAGCUAUUACGUGCUUCCAACUAGCACAAACGAACAGUCCCGAAAAUGCUUCGUACGCUUUAAACCAUGCGCAUGUACUUGAAAUUUCUUGUCGAUAUGCCGAAGCGUAUGAUGUAUUGAUUUUGUUUUUCCGAAAAAAUCGUACGGUAAGCGUCGGUAAUGGUGAGAUCGGAGUUGAGGAAUUAUUUGCUGGCUCGUUCGUUGAUAUUCUCGACCGUGCCAAUGCAUGGGAUGGUACACACAACGCUGUCGACACAUCAAACUCACUCGAUAGAGACAAAGCGCUUCAUUGGUCCGUGGAUUGUGUUUCUGAAGAUGCAGAAAACGCAAAGGUGACAACAGUUUCUCUUGAUUCGAAAUUUAAAGCUGAAAACUUCAAAAUUGCCUUCUCAAAGAAACCUUCGUCGAUGUUGCUAGCCGCGGACUUAGACCUCUUAGCUUGUUUUUUCACGGUUGUCAAGAUUUUGUUUCUUACUGGUCGAUUAGCUAUUCUGCCAUCACUAGUUCGUGUGCUUGAACCAAUGCGUCUUGGAUUUGAACUCCAUCGGACAACCAUUCGCAAUGAACAGGCCUAUUACGCAUGCAUUGCUCAACUUCUUACCAUCAAUAAAUUAUUGAAUAUUUCACGUCCCCAACUAUCUUUACAAACCUCGCUAGAUUCUAUCUAUGUAUGCGGCGACUCGCACACAUUAGCUACUGCAUGGCGUGAACUUUGUCUGCGGGGUGAAUCAAUUCUACUGCGGCCAGCUCUGGUGACUGGUCUGAAACAUUGGCAUCUUCGAAACGAAUCCACAUUUUACCCAAAAUUUAAUUUCUGGCGUGUGAUCACGAACAUCCCAUGCAAGUCGCGAGUUAUCUUUUUAUUUGGAGAGAUCGACUGUCGAGACGGAAUUUUAAAUGCUGUUAAUAAGUGUAAAUAUGAAACAAUUCAAGAAGGCAUGGCACACACUAUCGAUAUCUUUAUGAAUGUGCUAUCAGAUGUAGUAAAGCAAUAUCAGUUCGAUGCGUAUAUUCACCCUAUCGUACCAGUGCUCGAUGAAACUCGCUCACUUGUUCUUCAGUAUAACAAAAUCUUUCAGAAACGUGUUGCUCAAAGCUCCAUCUGCAAGUGGCUAGACUUUUUGGAUGAAUUGAUUACUUUGGACGAUCCACCAAAGCUGAGACCAGAAUAUGAACUUGACGGCACACAUCUCCACCCAUUAUAUCUAUCGAAGCUUGAAACAGCGCUAUCAAAAGCAUCAUCACGUUGA